AAACUUCAAAAAUUAAAAGUAAAUUGUGUUUUAAAAUUAGAAAAAAACUACGACUAGUUUUGGCUAGCUAUCAACAAAAGCCAUUUAAAAAAUAUAAUUUAUGAGUACAUAUGUAUUCGUACUUAAUAUAAAUGUAAAAUAAAUAUAUAACGGCAGCAUGCCUUUCUUUGGUGUUGGUUUAAUACUAUUAGCACUCACCGGCAGCAGCUUUUUCGUACUGGGCGCCUACUAUCAGCACCAUGACUUCUGGCACAAGCUACAACAGCUCAUACAACAGGAUCCCUACGCGUUCUAUAUACGCGAAAAAUUAUAUGACGCGCUGCCACUUUUAAAUCUUAACUGUCGGGAGCAGUCAGUCGGUGCCAGUUCGCGUAUGUCAGAGAUCAUGAAGUACGGCUUCCCUGGUCUGGACGAUAUACGUGUCUAUUCAGAUUUUGUACUCUCUUAUGAUCGACGCAAUCGAGUUGCACACUGGGUUUACGAGCAUUUACGUGCACCCUGUGUCCAAUCUAAUGGUAGUGGGGCUAGUCGCCAUGAAGCUAAUUAUCAACCCGAUAUGAGUGUACCUUCCAACUUUCGAUCUGAUGUAACUGAUUAUAAAAAUUCUGGUUUCGAUCGCGGCCAUUUGGCUGCAGCAGGCAAUCAUAAAUGUCAUCAGACACAUUGCAACGAGACAUUUUAUUUGACAAAUAUUGCGCCACAAGUUGGAAAGGGUUUCAAUCGUGAUGCAUGGAAUAAUUUGGAAAUUUAUGUACGCGAGUUAACAGAACGCUACGGUUCUGUUUAUGUUUGUACCGGACCGCUAUAUAAGCCAAAGCGUCAAAUGUCUGGUUUUACAGAAGUAGAGAAUAGCGGAAGGACAAACGAAAAGUGGUGUGUGGAAUAUGAGGUUAUUGGUGAAAAUACUGUUGCAGUGCCUACGCAUUUUUUUAAAGUAAUCACUGUGGAAUCGAAAUUACCGGGCGGCCAACCAUAUAUGGAGGCAUACAUAAUGCCAAAUGCGCCUAUUAGUACAAAUACGAAUAUACGAAAUUUUCUAGCUGACAUCAGAGAGAUUGAGCACAUUGCUGGUUUGCAAUUUUUUAAUGGUUUGCGCCGCAGCUUCUUCUUUGGCACUAACUACACUACAACACCGGAAAUAUAUAACAAUUUUCAGUGAUUCAUUUGUCGUGAAAAUAUUUUAUAAAUUAAAUAUAUUAUAUAUUUUAA